UUGGUGCUGUUUUCGUUGAUCGGGCCAUUGGUUCACUACGAUAAUUUACGCUUUUCACCUCCAUUCGAAUCAUUUUUCGAACCAUCCAUGAACCGUUUGCCAUCGUCUUCUGUCAAUAAUCCACGUCUAAAGCAACUGUCGUCAAGUCGUUUCAACGUCACCAAUCCCUCGUAUGCAACACUCCAUCGAAAUUCACCGUCGCAAUUCGGCAUUUUGAUUAAAACACGGUGA